AUGGGUGAUUCGAGGCGAAUAAGGCUUACAUUCGGAGGGAGGAGUUUGGGCGGCGGUGGAGGCGGAGGCGGCUUCGACGGCGACCAGAUCGAGGGUUCUGGUGCUCGACAUGCAAUAUCACGACGUCUGAAUGCGUCUGUUAGGAGACAGUCAUCUCGUUCAGCACCGCUUCAACCCGAGCAGCAAUACGGGUCUACUAGUGGUUGGUCGGGAGACCCACAAUCUGGUAGUAGUCGACCCUUGUACUCUGCAAAUGGAGCACCCAUAUCUGACAAGGAAGACGAAUGCUCGGCUAGUCAUGCUAAUGGUCGUGAUGAAGAACCGGACCCUCGGGAUUACCAUACGGUAUAUAGGGGUCAAUUUGGGAGAUUUGUUGGUAGUGGAUCGAGUCAGCCUACUACUAGCUCUGCAGAGGCAUGGUUAGUGCAGGAACCGAUGCCGGAUGGUCCUGAAGAUGGGACUGUUAUCCCUAGUUUUGGUGGUCACGUGGCACGAUAUAUCUGGAUCGAGCAGGAGCAUAGUGUUUUGCGCUGUUUGAGUAGGACAAAGUUAUGUUCUGACUUGUUUACUUGGCGAGGUCGUCAAUCAGUGGAGGACCUCGGGGCGAUUGAUGCUAGUUGGUUGUCUCACUUGCCCGGCCUGAUGUUUAAAAGACUUGAUUGGCCGCUGAUUUCUGCUUUUGUUGAGAGAUGGCAGCCAGAUACGAACACCUUUCAUAUGCCAUUUGGGGAUAUUACGAUCUUGUUGCACGACGUAUACAACAUACUUGGGUUGCGUGUCGAAGGCAAUAUGAUCACCACUACUCCUAGCACGGACGUGUUACGGGACGCGUGCUCGAUCACCAUGGAUAUGACUCUAGAUGAUUUGUCUGAGAUUUGCGGCACAAAGACGAUUUGGCAGGGUAGUGGGGUGUUGACUGAUAAGAUUUUUGAGUCGACAUUGGCGGUUGACCGGGAGUUCUUGGGGUUAGUGCUUGGAGGUAAACUGUUUGUAGACAAGAGUGGUAACCGUACACAUCCUUCCUUCCUCCACGAGCUAUGUUAUAUGGAUGUCCCUAUUAACGAGUAUGCUUGGGGAACAGCUGCACUGGCUUACUUGUAUCGGCAACUGGGCACGACAUCACGGAAAGGUGCUGAUUCGAUUGCUGGUUGUCUCACGCUUCUGCAAGCGUGGAUUUACGAGUACUUUCUGUGCUUUCGACCACAGUAG